GGAGACGAAGGACCAUUUCAUACGUUAGCGCCGUACGCUUUUACGAAUAGCAUCGGCCACGGACUUGCGCUUGAGGCGGUCACACUUUCACCACAUGCAUUCGUUUUGGAGGUUCUUUUUCCGGAGAGUAUCACCUUAUAUACUCUGUCACCGCGUUCCUUCGUUGCCUCAAUACUCAGUCCUGAAGCGUUGAUUGGUCGAAUUAUUUCACCAGCCGCCUUCGUUGCAGAGGUUCUCUCGCCUCGAGCGCUUGCCGCGCAAAUUCUAUCACCAGAAGCGUUAAUUGCACAAGUAUUGACACCACGUAUGAUCGAGCCUCGCGUUCUCAGUCCUGAGGUAUUGGUCAUCGAAGUGCUCAGUCCUGGCAUCAUAGAACCGCGUAUUUAUUCAGAUGAAGCUCUUGGUGUUAUUGUUCUAAGUCCUCAAAUACUCUCACCUCGAUUAUGGAGUGAGGAACACAUGCUUGUUGAGGUAAGGAAAUGA